GUGCCAUCCGCCACGUUCUUCACCGCCUUGCUGUCGCUGCUGGUGUCGGGGCCUCGCCUGUGGCUGCUGCAGCAGCCUGUGGCGCCUUCGGGGCUUUCCCUGCGGUCCGAGGCCCUGCGCAACUGGCAAGCCUCUGUGGAAGGAGAGGUCAGGAUUACUGCUGAGACUGGUACCCAGAGUGUUAAGUGACCCCACUCAAUUCACCCUGAAGCUGUUCAAAUUAUUUAACUCUCACACUGGCCAGUGAGAUUGGUCAGUAUGAAAAUUGAAGAAAAAUUUUAAAAAAGGUGAGAGAACACUUGAAAGGACCAAAAACCACUCCAUGUAUAGAAGUUGUCUUUUCCCCACGUGGAUAUUGGUUUUUGAUUCCAUCCCUCCAGCCACGUUUACAGGCUGGUGACCUACAUCUUUGUCUAUGAGAGCCCAGUCUCCCUGCUCUGCGGCACCCUCGUCAUCUGGCGCUUCGCUGGCAGCUUCGAGAGGACCGUGGGCACCGUCCGUCAUUGCUUCUUCACCUUGAUCUUCACCAUCUUCACCGCUAUCAUCUACCUGUCCAUGGAGAGUGUGUCAUCGCUGUCGAAGCUGGGGGAGGUGGAGGACGCCAGAGGGUUCACUCCCGUGGCCUUUGCCAUGCUGGGCGUCACCUCCAUCCGCUCCCGGAUGAGGCGGGCCCUCGUGUUUGGUGUAGUCGUGCCCUCCACCUUCGUGCCCUUCCUCCUGCUGGGCGCCUCUUGGCUCAUUCCUCAUACUUCCUUCCUGAGUAAUGUCUGCGGCCUUUUGAUUGGGCUGACAUAUGGCCUCACCUACUGCUACUCCUUCGACCUCUCAGAGCGAGCAGCACUGAGGCUCGACCAGAAGUUCCCCUUCAGCCUCCUGAGGAGGGUGUCCGCGCUCAAGUACGUCUCGGGCUCUUCAGCCGAAAGAAGAGCCGCCCAGAGCCGGAGGCUGAACCCUGUGCCCGGCACCUAUCCCACACAGAACUGCUACCCUCACCUGUCCCCAAGCCACCCUGUUGCCCUGAUGCAGCAUAACAGCACCCAGAACGUGACCUCCUGGCCAGGCUGCCCGCCUGGACACAUGCCCAGCUUGCCUCCAUACCAGCCUGCCUCUGGCCUGUGCUACGUGCAGAACCACUUUAGUCCAAACCCCAACUCCUCCAACACAUACCCAGCUUCUGCAGGGGCCUCGCAGGGGGUACAGGCUCCCAAUCCUGUCGGCUGUGCUGGCACAGUGUACCCGGGGGCCCUGAGCAACCCAGGGCCUGCAGACUCCAAGCAGUUGUCUAGAGUCACCAUGCCCUGAGACAGUCUGGGGAAGGCAUCCCACAUCGUGGCCUUCUGAGGAAGGUUGUAUCCAAGUGAUGAUUUUCUUGACAAGAAUUAUUUAUUGAAGCUGGGCUUGGUGGCAGAAGCCCAUCAUCCCAGCUACUUGGGAGGAUGAGGCAGGAGGAUUGAACGUUCAAGGCCUGCCUGGGCUAUAUAUGUUACAAGACCCUGGCCUCAAAAUAAAAAA